AUGGCGCGGAAAUGGUUCAAGCUCGUCGGCAAUGACGGCAAAGCGCUGAUCUUGCCUGAUACUGUUGCCAUGGACAUUGAAGAUGUUGCUGCGUUAUGCCAUGCGGUAAAACAAACAUUGAACGACAGCCACCUUGCGGGGGUUGCUGCGGCGAACCUCACAGUCUUUGCGAGCCAGACGGAGUAUAACGAGAAGCAGGCGUUGGAAAGUGAUUCGCCUAUUGGAUCGUUUGGUGGUUCAAAGAAGGUCGCGCUCAUCGUGCAAGCCCCUCAGCGCACAGACUUCGCGCUGACAACGCGAGCCCGCUACCCAGCCUUUCUGAAGAAAGCGAUUGAGAUCGCCAACUUGAUGUUGAAGCAUUGUGGGUCUUUAGAAGCGGAGUUGGGCGCAGAUCGAACGACAAGAGCUAAUCUUCGUGAUGUUCAAGUGCGAUUUAAGAAAUUCGAUAAAGGAUCUAUCUAUGGCUGGACAGAACGAAGCGAGAGAGCGAAAACCAUCUUUGUGAAUGAAAUUCUACAGCUUCGCGUGAACAGGAUUGAUCAAGCAAAUGAUUCGCACGAAUACCAGUGUAUCGUAUUCGUGGUGGCGGCAACGAUUUUUCAUGAAUGUGCUCACUUGACAUUGCGCUGGCAAGGCACCAUGGAUAGUCCACCCAAGUACCAUGAUGAAGUUGCUCUUCUGGACGCUAAUCGCAAAAGGCGUCCAACUUCGCCAGAGGAUCCCAACAUUCUGAUACCCCCACUUUGCGGUAUCUCCGAGAAUCGAAACAUCCGCCGAGUUUCGACAGCCAGCGAGCGUAUUAUCAUAGCGGCUAUCUCAACGGUGGGAGCAGCUGGCGUUGCGCACAAUCAAACCAAGGAUCGGAAGGGCCAUAUUGCUGGACGCGGUAACGAGUUCACCCGUAGAAAUUCUGCCAGUGAUAAUCGAGCCAAUAACGAGUGCGACAAUAACGAGGCCAUCAAAGAUCCUUUCAGUAACAUCCCGAUCCUUGCCGACACUCCGGCUCCUCCAACCUCUGCGACUGCAACAGCGGCGCCGAUAACAACUUCACCGGCAACGAGCAUACCACCGACGGAUGUAUGUACCGGCCACAAGUACGCCUCCAUUUUCAGUGCCAGCGGCUGCCACUACGAUACCGGUAACAGCACCACCGACAUCAACAAGUUCUCCAGGAACGACUCAACCAUCGACCGCAGAUCCGCCUUCGACCAGCCCGUCAGUGACCACGCAGUCAGCGGCAAAUCCUCCAGCGACCACACGAACUACCCCGACGACCCCUGUAACUUCGACUCCGACGACAACGACAGCCCUGUCAGAUACAGCGACGCCUUCGGCAACCACUUCCGCGAAUCCUGCGACUAUUGCUCCACCUACUAG